AAUGCAUAACUGAGCGUGGGCUUCCUGUGUGUGUCCCAUCAAAGAGAGUAUAAAGCUAAUUUUCAUGCUUCAUGUUGUGAUCGCUGAUAAAAAAAUGUCACUUUACGAAGAUUUAUACAGCCCUGCUCUGACGUUGGGUACUUUGGUGAGUCUCAACGUGCCGUGUCUGGUAUCAAGACUGCCUCGAGAUUCACCUUUAGGGUCUCUUCAACGUCUAGGCUUCCCCUUCAACAUGACCAACAAUACACUGGACAGACACUUUUCUUUCUCCGCUAAAAAUAUCAAAGAAGGACGCUAUCAUACUUGUCUGACUUGCAUGUUCAACCACGUUGGUCUAGGACAUUUCAAUGGCAACAUGGUUUUUCUGCUUGCCAGUGGCUAYGAUCUUCACAUACAGUAUGGUCGCAAACACCUCCUCCUUGGCUUCUUUGGUGGUGGUGUUUCAGGAUGUAUUUCACAAUUCUCUCUUUAUCUUUACCAACAAAUCAAAUGGGAAAACAUCCUCCCUUCUCCCAAAUCCUGGAGUUUCUUAGGACAUACAUUGACUAUACAUUUAACACGCUGGCAAAAGUCUGCUUUAGGGAAUAUAUUUACCAGAGUAAAUGCGUGGAGGCCAUGUAUUGGGUGCAGUGCAGGACUGGCUGGUUUAUUAGCUAUUCAAGCUUGUUCAAACAUUGUGGAACUCAUUAGACAGAGCAGAAAAACCGGCAUCAAGAUGGAUUUCAAUCUUCUUUAUCGAUUAUCACAGCUUUCAUUUACUUCAUUAGUUCUUUUUGAGGAUAUUUAUGUGUUAGCUGGGAGUGCUAUGUGGGAAAAGAACAUGCUCAGCAACCUAAUAGCAUAUUCUGUAGAUGGCGUUGGACAUGCUGCACACCUUGGUGGAUUCAUAUUUGGCUUUUUUUAUUAUUUUCUGGUUAUUUAUAAUAGGGUUACUCCAAGAGAGUUUUAAGAGUAUUUGCCAACUAGACACAGAAACCAUGGAUUAGGCUACCUGUGGACCCAGGUUAUCAACACGUUUGUUUGAUGUGGUAAUAUCUCAGAUACAUACAACAACUUUGGUCAUUUACUUGAAAAAGAAAACCACAUAAACGAYAUAAUCAGUCUCUGGUUUAUGUUUUACUCUCCUUUUCUCUCACAGCUCACUGGUUCUUGGUUUUCAGAGCCUUUCAGAGAUCAUAGGAGAGGCUUUUUUACACGCAUUUAUGUACAUCGGACAUAUUACUGCCAUUUUCAUAAACAUGGAAACUCAGUAGCUGCAAGCUGAAUUUUUUUUUUUACUGCCGUCAAUCAAAAUUAAUYRGUCAGUACCUUUCAUAUUUUUGACCAGCAUCACCAAAAAACAAAUUUCAGAGUGCAGCUGCAUUGCGCUACAGUGUUAGYAUCUCAUCCUGUUUUAUACAGGAAACCCAAAGGCUAGUAUUUUACAAAACAACAAUCCACAUCAACUACCUUCUCAAACUAUAUAUUACAUGUAAACAACAAAAUAGAAAAGAAAAAAACACUAACGCAACUAACAUUGGCAUCUAGGCCUUAGAAAAUUUAAGAUUUAGAACUAUUGUAGAAAAAAACUUGGCAAUUUAGAACUAUUUUUGAUGACUUGAAUUUCAGAGUUGGAGUGUCAUUCAAGACCAGAUAUUUCAGGGGUAAAGUGAUUUUACUUGACCCUUAAAUUAAGUUGUAUAAUAUUAGUGACAAAKAGUCAAWGUAAAACAAAAGAAAACAGUGGAA